UUCGCCUUCAGCACCUGGCUCGACUUCUCCUCCGUCAGCACCAUGGUUAACACUCGGCUCUUGCUCCUGUGUCUCACCUGCGCGUUGCUUGUACUCUUGGUGCAUUGUGAGAACUCGUUGGAACCUCGCUCCUUCGACGACCCCAUCAAAACCCAAGAGGAGAAAGAUUUGAUCGAAGCUUUGCAAGAAGUUCUUGAGAAGCUGAAAAAUCAGCGAAUGCCUCCAUCAGAGAAAAAGUUGGGUUGGGUGACCUCGUGCGACGCAGGUGAAGAGUGCGCUCUCCGCAAAGGGUCGAGGAUUGGAAGACUCUGCAGUUGUCCUCGGGGAACGUCCUGCAAUUUAUCCAUCCUGAAGUGCUUGUAAUGACUGAAAUCGUAUGGGGUCUCUUCCUCCCCGAUGCAAGCGACGGUGGCUCUGGAAGCUGCGUUUUCUCUGACCCUAGCACAUUCGGUUUUCGAUCACGAAGGGAAUUACGCCUUGCCAUGAACAACGACAAAUGGUUAUUAUUUGCUAUUUAUUUUG